AGAGCCAUUCUUCAGACGCGUCCCUUGGUUGCACAUGAGGAUGACUUUACUGCUGACACUGACUCGGCUCUGUGUCAGGCAUCAAAGCGAGCGCAUGAUGGCGGUGCACGAAGGUGUAACGGUACUGUCGCACGCAGUGCAGGUUCAGUACUUUCAAUUGCUUGCACAACUGCAGCGUCUGGGUAUCUUGGACUCAUCUAAGCAGUACUCAUCACAGGAUGUAGCGGUCUGGAGGCGGCGGUGUUCUCUGCUCGCGCUCAUAUAUAAGUCAAGGCGCUGUGAUGUACGCUUUCGCCCCUCGCUUUGUUUUUUUGGCUGCAAGGUGCUGGAGGGAAAGGAGGCCGUUGGGUCAUCGGAGCUGUGUCUGUCGAGACUGAGUUGCGAAGGUCGGUGCGCCAUCGGAAGGGGUCUUCCAAUCGUCUUGCUGGACCACGCGCUGAAGCCCUUGUCAUAUGGGUCCCUUCGCCUAAAGAUCUACGCGACUCUUGCGAUCUUCUGACUUUGCGAAGAUCUUGUGAUUGCUCCGACGGUAUUCUACUGCUGAAUAGGAGCCGUAUUGUUCACUCCUGCUUGAGAGAGGUGUCAGUGUCACAUUGUA